CUCCCGGCGUCGUGGUCUCGCUCGCCCGCUGCUCUCCCCGAGGCUGCCGGGACCCUUGGCCAUGUCCUGGCGCCGCGCGGCUUCGGCGGGGAGGUGGCUGGUGGCGAGCGGGAGGAUCUUGGCAGGGCGGCGCGGCGCGGCUGGAGCUGCGGGCUCGGGAAUGGGAAACAGCACAUCCUCGUUUUGGGGGACGUCAGCAACUACUCCUGUGAACCAGAUCCAAGAAACGAUUUCUAACAAUUGUGUGGUGAUUUUCUCAAAAACAUCCUGUUCCUACUGUUCAAUGGCCAAGAAGAUAUUCCAUGACAUGAAUGUCAACUAUAAAGUUGUGGAGUUGGAUAUGUUGGAAUAUGGUAACCAGUUUCAAGAUGCGCUUCACAAGAUGACUGGAGAAAGAACUGUUCCCAGGAUAUUUGUCAAUGGAAGGUUUAUUGGAGGUGCAACUGACACUCACCGGCUUCACAAAGAAGGGAAAUUGCUGCCUCUGGUUCAUCAGUGUUAUUUAAAAAAAAAACAAGAGGAAAGAUGUGAAUGAUGUGGAUAGUCGCCAUACCAAUAAAUGUUAGUGCAAUUGUACCUUUUACUUGAGGAUGUUUUCCAGUGUGUGCAUUACCUUCAUAAAGAUGAUUCAAAAUAAUGAGCAAUAAAUUGCCAUGGACCCUUCA